GGUCUUUGGGGGAGGGGAAUGGGCAGAGAAACAUUCAGAAGAGGCACAGAAUGCACUAAAGGGACCAACCUUUUAGGGAGGCCCUGCCUAGAGCACAAGCUCAAGGUCCAGCCCCACUCUCCAUUGGUACUGGGAUGCCACGUCAACUCUCUCUAGCUCAGUUUUCUUAUCUGUAGAGCAGAGAUUAAAAAAAAAAUUGUGAAUUUUUUCUAGAUUGUUCUGGGGAUUACAUCAAAUAAUCCCUGUGUCACAAUAGGAGGAAAGUUUAUUUUUCAUAGCAGCAGGAUUCCUUGUUGUAUGAAGAGCUCUGUGUUGUUGAGAACCAACAGUUUGGUGAGCUGCUUGAAUGAACCCGCCCAAUAGGCUUGACUUGGAUGUCACGAAUGAUGUCCGGGUUGUUCUCCAGGGCUGAUGAUGGGUCUGUCUACCUGCAGAGCUAGUUCUGCCACGUAAAAGCAUGGGAGUGGAAAGUAAGAGGGCUUUGUCGAAUGGGAAAAGGGAACGAAGGUGUUUGCUCCUGGAGAGGAACUGGUAAGGAGUUGUCUCAUGGGAUCAUCCGUAUGUUUUGCUGUGGAGCAAGUGAGAUAAAUAUUUUCUCAUUUUAGUUCAGGCAGCUAUAACAAAUACCAUGGAAGGAUGGCUUAAACAGCAAACACUUAUUUCUCACAGUCUGAGGCUGGGGAGUCCACGAUCAAGAUACAAGCUGAUUUGCCAUGUGGUAAGGCCCUUUCAGUUUGCAGAUGGGCAUCUUCCUGCUGUAUCCUCACAUGGCAGAGAGAGACAUCGUUUCUUUCAUGUUUCUUCUUGUAAAGUUACUGAUCUCCCUUGAGAGGUUCUAUCUUCAUGACCCAAUGGCCUCCCCAAAACUCCACCUCCAUAACCCGUCACAUCAGAGGCUAGGGCUUUACCAUAUAAAUGGUUUGGAAAACACAAAUAUUCAGUCCAUAGUACUCAUUGCCUCACAAAUUCUAAUUUAACUUGCGUUAUUCACUUUUGCCCUGGGAUGAGAACCUUGGUAACAUAGUAUAGGGACUGAGAACAGCAGUUCUGGAAUCAGAAUGCCACAGUGAGUUCCAGUCCUGUCCCUUCCUACUGUUGGACCUUGGCCAACUGGUUUACUCUCUGUGUGUCUCGGUUUCAUCAUCCUCGAUAGGAGGCACCUACUUCUCUGGGUAAAGGUAAUGAGCCAAAAAGAUCAUGUCUGAAGUACAAGGAACGGUUGAGUUUUCGGUAGAGCUACAUAAAUUUUAUAAUGUGGAUCUCUUUCAGAGAGGGUAUUACCAGAUCCGAGUGACCUUGAAGGUGUCCUCAAGGAUCCCCCACAGACUGAGUGCCUCCAUCGUCGGGCAGACAGAGAGCAGCAGCCUGCAUUCAGCCUGUGUCCAUGACAGCACUGUGCACAGCCGGGUCUUUCAGAUCUUAUACCGGAAUGAAGAGGUGCCCAUAAAUGAUGCUGUGGUCUUCCGAGCUCAUUUGCUCUUAGAUGGUGAAAGGGUGGAAGAUGCGCUGAGUGAAGUAGAUUUUCAGCUCAAGGUGGAUCUGCACUUCACGGACAGUGAACAGCAGUUGAGGGAUGUGGCCGGGGCACCGAUGGUCAGCAGCCGCGCCCUUGGCCUGCACUUCCACCCCCGGAAUGGUCUGCACCACCAGGUCCCAGUCAUGUUUGACUAUUUCCACCUGUCUGUGAUCUCAGUGACCAUCCAUGCUUCCCUGGUGGCUCUGCAGCAGCCCUUGAUCAGUUUUACUCGCCCAGGAAGAGGCUCCUGGCUUGGUAAAGGUGGCCCAGACACCGGACAAGAGCAGUCUAUCAUUUCUCUGGAAAACUUGGUCUUUGGAGCUGGAUACUGCAAGCCAACUUCCUCAGAGGGAAGCUUCUAUGUCCCCUCCGAGAACUGCAUGCAGCAUGCACACAAGUGGCACCGAGACCUGUGCCUGCUGCUCCUCCACGCUUACCGGGGACUCCGUCUCUACUUCCUGGUGAUGAUGCGGGACAUCCCGGAGCUGCCACACAUGGACCUGGAGGCGCUUGCUGUUGAAGAAACACUUUCUCAGCUGUGCUCAGAGCUACAGAUGUUGAACAAUCCAGAGAAGAUUGCCGAGCAGAUAAGCAAGGAUCUGGCCUGGCUCACCUCCCACAUGAUGGCUCUAUGGACCCAGUUCCUGGACACAGUCACUCUGCAAUCCCAAGUGACCACUUAUCUCACCCAGGAGCACCACACACUAAGGGUCCGAAGGUUUUCUGAGGCGUUCUUUUAUAUGGAGCACCAAAAACAUGCAGUCCUGACAUUUCAGGAGAAUCUGAUACAGACUCACAGCCAGCUGUCCCUGGACAUCCGGAACUCGGAGUACCUCACCAGCAUGCCCCCGCUGCCCGCAGAGUGCCUGGACAUUGACGGCGAUUGGAACACCCUGCCGGUCAUCUUUGAGGACAGAUAUGUGGACUGCCCUGCGACAGGGCAUAACUUGAGUGUUUAUCCUAAUUUUGAUGUUCCAGUGACAAGUCCUACAAUAAUGAAUCUAAAAGAGAAAGAAGAUAAUUGUAUGGUAAAUAGCAAUUUAUCUUUUAGGGAAGACCUUGGCUUGUCUGCCAUAAAACCAUCCCAAGUGGAUUCUGAUGAAGAAGUUACCAGGUGUCCAGAGCUGGCUGAGAAUGCGGCCACACAAAAUCAUACGGAUAUGUGCUCUGACUUUCAGGUGUAUAUGACAAUUGGUGAAUUUCAAAGCAAAGCAGGUGUGCCUGAAGAUGAAUGUUGGACUAGCCAAACAUCUGAUGCUGGGACAUAUCCCAUGGCAGAUGUGGACACUUCUAGAAGGAGUCCAGGCCCAGAGGAUGAACAGGCCCCAGUGCUGACCUACAUUGAUAUAAAAUCUAGCAAUAAGAACCCCUCCAGAGCUGAACCUCCGGUGGCCUUCAAUGCUCAGCAUGAGAAUAGGAGCUCUAGAGAUAAGCAUGGAUUAGACAGGACUGGGCUAAGCAAAGUGGUAGCAGGUGGAAGCCACCCAAACACCAUCUCAUCGGACAAAACAGCUCUCCAUGAAUUAAGUACUCUUGGAAAGGGAGCAGACCAAGAGGGGAAGAUGGUGCUGCUAGGCUUGAAGCUCAUCCCCUCUGAGCCCUGUGACCCACUAAGUUCUACCCUGAGGGAGCCCUUAGAUGUCAGGUCCUCCCUAAAGGAUUCUCAUACAGAAGAGCAGGAGGAACUCUCUGUGCUCUCCGGGGUCAUCAAGAGAUCUUCAUCCAUCAUAUCUGAUUCAGGCAUCGAGAGUGAGCCAAGCUCUGUUGCCUGGUCAGAGGCCCGAAGCAGGGCCCUGGAGUUGCCCAGUGAUCGGGAAGUCUUGCACCCGUUUGUUCGAAGACAUGCCCUCCACCGGAACUCCCUAGAGGGUGGACACACAGAAAGUAACACGAGUCUGCCAAGUGGCAUCCAGGCUUCUCUUACCUCUAUUAGCUCUUUACCUUUUGAGGAGGAUGAGCGGGAGUUGGCACUCACUAAGUUAACCAAGUCCGUAUCUGCUCCCCACAUCAGUAGCCCAGAGGAGGCCGCUGAGGAUAUAGACACCAAGCAGCAAGACAGAGGUUUUGCUGAACCUUCAGAUGUGCACAGCAGGAGCCAAGGUUCCCCUGGACCUUGCUCUCAACUUUGCGGUGACUCUGGAACACAGGAUACUGGAGUGGACCAUCCCCUGGUGGAGAUAGUUUUAGAUGCUGACAACGAGCAGAGCCCAGGGGACAAAGACAGCCCCAAAGGGAAAGGGAAGCAGUUUGAAGCUCAAGGAGACUGUCUUCUUGAUGGCAGGACUGAGAACACUCCAGGUAUUGAAACCAAAGGUCUUAAUUUAAAAAUACCACGUGUCAUAGCACUCGAAACCCCCAGGACCAGAUCUCUUCAUAGAGCACUAAUGGAAACCCCAAAGGGCAAGCCUAAAGACUUGAAGAUGGGUCAGACGGCUCUUUCUAACAGUGGCAUCUCAGAGGCUGAGGGUAUCUCCCAGCAUAAGGUGCCGGAAUUGAGUCAUACAUCAGCUGCUGAUGCCACCAACUUGAACUCAACAGGCCAGCGAAGCCAAAGUGGUUCACCUUGUGUUAUGGAUAACACAGCAUUUGAUAGAGGAGUGACUGCCUUCCCGGAGGUUAAACAUAAAGCAGGCCCUGUGUGCCCCACUGUGACCCAUUCCGUUCAUUCCCAGGUUUUGAAAAACCAAGAGCUGAAGGCAGGCACUUCCAUCACAGGGUCCCACCUGACCUCUGCAGAGACCUUCACUCUGGACAGCCUGAAGGCUGUGGAGGUUGUUAACUUAUCUGUGUCUUGCACUGCCACAUGUCUCCCUUUCUCAUCUGUGCCUAACGAGACCCCUGCCAGGGCUGGAUUCUCCUCCAAACAGACCCUGUUUCCCAUCACUCAUCAGCCUUUGGGAUCCUUUGGAGUUGUUUCUACCCAUUCCAGCACGCUGGAUGAGGAAGUGCGGGAAAGGAUGUUUAGUUUUUAUCAGGCCAAAGAAAAAUUUAAAAAAGAACUGAAGAUUGAAGGAUUUCUGUACAGCGACUUAACUGUACUAGCUUCUGAUAUACCAUAUUUCCCACCAGAGGAAGAAGAAGAAAAUUUGGAAGAUGGAAUUCACCUGGUUGUCUGUGUCCAUGGUCUGGAUGGGAACAGUGCAGACCUCCGGUUGGUAAAGACCUUCAUAGAACUGGGGCUCCCUGGAGGAAAACUGGACUUCCUAAUGUCUGAAAAGAAUCAGAUGGACACAUUUGCAGAUUUUGAUACCAUGACGGAUCGGUUAUUGGAUGAAAUCAUUCAACACAUUCAGUUGUACAACCUCUCCAUAUCCCGAAUUAGCUUCAUUGGCCAUUCUCUUGGCAACAUCAUCAUCCGAUCGGUCCUCACACGGCCUCGGUUCCGGUAUUACCUCAACAAACUCCACACGUUCCUGUCACUCUCUGGGCCUCACCUGGGAACCCUGUACAACAACAGCACCCUGGUUAGUACAGGCUUAUGGCUCAUGCAGAAACUAAAGAAAUCCGGGUCUCUACUGCAGCUGACCUUCAGGGAUAAUGCUGAUUUGCGCAAAUGUUUCCUCUACCAACUAAGCCAAAAAACAGGGCUGCAGUAUUUUAAAAACGUCGUGCUGGUUGCUUCUCCCCAAGACCGUUACGUGCCAUUUCAUUCAGCCAGGAUCGAAAUGUGUAAAACUGCCCUCAAAGACAGACACACAGGGCCAGUUUAUGCAGAAAUGAUCAACAACCUCCUGGGCCCUCUGGUUGAAGCCAAGGACUGCACUUUAAUCCGACACAACGUGUUCCACGCCCUGCCCAACACUGCCAAUACCCUGAUCGGCCGAGCCGCUCACAUCGCUGUGCUGGAUUCAGAACUCUUCCUGGAGAAGUUUUUCUUGGUGGCAGGACUCAACUACUUCAAGUAGUGGCUUUGAGGGAGCAGGCCUUGGGUAAUGCUUGAGAUAGGUGGAGAGCUUUAACUAAGACCUGCUUUUACAGACCUCACCAUUUCAGAAUGAAGAUCAAGGGAACAGCACUGAGGGAUGGAGGCUGGGGUGGAACCUGAUGUGAGAGGUGUUUUUGUUUUGGAGAUUUGGGAAAACUGAGCAAACAGACUAAAUGACAACAAACUGUGUGAAUUUGUGUAGCUGCCUGGAGUGUCAUUCAAGAUGCUUUCUAGGAAAAUGUGAGAGAAUAAACAGAAUACUUGGGAGUUGGUGAGCUCCCCUUGCUAGCCACUACUGGCUCACUGAGAAAUGACUCCAAUUUAACUAGACUUGCCCAGUAUGUUACUAGCUUAUAGCUUUAUCAUUUCUGAUUAAAUUAAGUACACACAAGCAUUUCAGAACUCAGGUUAAUCUCUGUGCAGAAGUGGAACAUAUUUGUGUAAAUAGAAUCCUCAAUAGAUUCAAAUGCACCAAUUAUUCAAGAAAAUGUGAUGCCCAUACUCAUAUUUUCUCUUUACAUUUUCCAAACGAGAGCAAGGAAUGCAUUACAAAUCCCAGUUUUGUUUCAUAACAGCAGUGAGCAGGGUGACUUAAGGUAAAGAGGGAUAAAGGCGAUACUAUUGUUAAAUACAAGUUUGUUACAGAAAAACAUGACUCUAAGAACAUACUGAACUAUGAAUAGUUGCUCCACCUACUUCCCCAGACUUUUUCUUUGGAUGCAGAGCCCUGAUCCACAAAUUACUUUAGUGAUUGCUUACAUCUUUGUCUGUAGUAGGGAACAUGAGUGAGACUAACCUAGCAGAAGGGGGCACUGAGAUGAAUGCACACACAUAUGAAGCUCCUGCUGAUAUACUUCCAAAGAUAUGCUAUGUUAGCAUUCAAUUCAACUGCAAAAAAAUCAAAACCAUUAACAUGGCCAGCUGCUUCUCCUCUCCAUGGAAGGAGAAAAACAUCUAAAUGGAGGAGUGCUGGAUUAAAACCUCAGGGGAGCUCUAAGAAGGGUGCUGGUUAUCUUUCAAUAGAAAUGUCUUCUUGCCUUAGGAAAAUAAAGGGCUAGGAAAGGUCACUGUGUUGAUAAAAACCAAUAGAUGACAGGGACAAAAGUGAGAUCGGAUAGGAGGAGAACAUCCAGACUGAAGAUUCAACACAAACUGUUAUUGGAAAGUGACUCAAAGGGAGUUUUGAAAAUUACUAGGAUGUUUAAUGGUAAGGUCUCAAAGACUGAGUGUGUUGUGUAGGCUAUAGGAAGCCUAAAGGAUCAUUUAGUUGUAUGGAAUAGAUUAAUGAACCUGGACAGUAGGGCUAAAUAAGACAGGAGCCUCAUCUUUUGGAGAUGAAAUCUCCCUGCUUCUGCAAAAAAAAAAAAAAAUCUCUUCUGAAGUGUGGAAGCACACCUAGGGCCAGGUUUCUCAGUACCUGAGCCAUUACUCUAGGUCACUGAUGCCAUGGUAACAAAACCAAGUAAAUUAAGCUCAUCUGAGAAUUUUAGAUCCUCUUAUAGUAACUGUGACUUUGAAAACUAAAAGCAGACCAGGGGAAAUGAGUCCAGAUUGGCAAGUUUGCAGGAGAGUAGGUAGACAUGUGGGAUUCUUUAAAAAAAAAGGGGGGGGCAGGGGAGGGUUGCUGGGGGAGAGUUGAAUGUUUGCAAAGGCACACUUGCACACAUGGAUUUAGAGUUUCUCAGUGGGUCUUUUCUGAAUGCUUGUUAUAUCCUGGUCAUAAUGCAUUUGAGUUCACUAAGUUCCCUAGUCACUUUCCACUGGGAAUUUUUGUCAGGGUUCAGAGCUGGGCAUAGACUCUGGUUACUCAUGAGGAGUGCUGUAUUUGCUCUGACACCUGGGAGACAUUUGAUCCCUAGUCUUGCAGCACCUUGUUUUCUGACCCAGGCAAGUGCUUGUGCUCAGUACAGGACCAUAGGUUGGUAAUAGUUUCUCCUUUCUGGCCAAAUGAUGGGCCCUGUCCCUCUGAUGAGUACAUUUAAUGUUGUAUUUCCAGUUUUCAUCAGCAGUGUUUGUCAUUCCCUGGUCAUUUGAAAGACUGUGUCGUCCGUGGUUAUGGAGCCAGGAUGAAUCUGAUGAUCAUCACCUUUUCCAAUAACCAGAUACCAUUUUUAACUUCAAUAUGCUGUCUGGACAUAGUGAGAACUAAUGGCAAUAAAUGUCCAGCUGCAUGGUGCACCUCUUUUUUAUAGGGGUGCUCUGCUGUCUUUGUAAACCCUCUCUGGCCUCUGAGCAUCUAUUAUAAUUGUGUAGAAAGUACAUCUCUAUAUUGUAAAUAAGAGUGUCAAGUGUUGCGUGUCAUGCCUCAUUUGGAAAGGCUUUUUUAUGUCUCUUUCUAUCGAAAUAUAGAUAUCUAAUAUAUAAAUAUAUAUACAUAAAAUAUAUAUAAAUAUAUAUUAUGUAAAACAGGGACAUUCUAUUAUUGAUUGUAAAAAUUAUAAACAAAAUGCCUGCCAAGAUAAUGGUCCAAUAUGUCUUCAUUCUCUGCGUAAUUUUUGUUUUUGUUUUUAUGAGUUGUUGUUUCUCCAAAUGAGAUAGAAAUAAAAAUCACCAAUAUUGAGAUUAAUUGGAAUUUGUUGCUAAUGAGCCAAAUAAAUCCAGGGAAGCAGAUUGGAACCUCAGGUCAUCUUGGGGCAAAACAAACACCCCAAUGGCAGUUUGAAAGCAGAGGGAGUACUGUGAACCUGAGAAGGUGAAGAGAGAAAAGCCCCCUGUUGGCUUCUACAAUCCACAAGUAUUUGCAGAGCAGCUUCCAUCCAUCUGUGCCAGAUGGGAACACCGAGGUAAAAUACACAGUCCCUGCUCACAAGGAACUGGAGGGAGAUGCAGUCUUAUUAUUACAAUGGAAUAUAACAAAACCUCUGAGGAAGGCAGGGCCAGUGCUCCUUGGCCCUAGGCAUUCACUCCUUAUUGCCUGGGGAAGGUCAGGAGGGAAGCCUUGAGAGUGAGACUUGAAUGGUAGGACUAUUUACCUUGCACCUGUGUCACCCCAGGGUGCAGUCUUCCAUUAUGUCAUUCAUUUAUUCAUCUGGCAAGUCUGUCCUGAGGACCUGCCUGCUCUGUGCCAGGGAUCCAUCCACUGGUAAAAUUCAGUAGCUCACUGUCUAGCAAGGAACACAGCUGAUCAAAUGGGAAAUCAAAGUGGGUGGCCCCACAGAGGAGGUAUGGUCCUGUGUGUGCUCAGAGAAGGGGCAUCCAUCUACAGGAGGGAUGUGGGGGAGAGCUGGUCAGAAAAGUGCUCCAGGAGGGCUUGGCAUCUAAGCCGAGACCUGGAGACUGAGGUGGAGCAGGCUUGGUGAAGGUGGAAUGUGUGGAUCCCUCCAAGAGGGGACAGAAUGAGCAAAGGGCUUCAUGUGAGAGCAGAAGGCAGGGAACCUUUGGCCACUGCAAAGGCAGAUGGAGAAUAUGUUUGAACACAAAAGCAACCAAACAGAAGUGUGAGAAAUCAGCUGCCAUGCAGGAUUUUCUUCUUAGGAGUAAAUUUCCAUUGUUGGCCAGGCGCGGUGUCUCAAGCCUAUAAUCCCAGCACUUGGGAGGCUGAAGCGGGUGGAUCAUGAGGUCAAGAGAUUGAGACCAACCUGGUCAACAUGGUGAAACCCCGUCUCUAUUAAAAAAUACAAAUACAAAAAUAUUAGCUGGGCAUGGUGGCACGUGCCUGUAAUCCCAGCUACUCAGGAGGCUGAGGCAGGAGAAUUGCCUGAACCCAGGAGGCGGAGGUUGUGGUGAGCCGAGACCGCACCAUUGCACUCCAGCCUGGGUAACAAGAGUGAAACUCCGUCUCAAAAAAAAAAAAAAAUUCCAUUGUUAACACUAGCAAAUGUCCACUUGGUAAUGAGAGCCCCUGCAAGACCAGGACCUGCCCCUGUGGUCAUGUCCCUCUCCACACUUCACCCUCUGGGAAAUAUCUGAUCCCUCCUGUCUUGGGAGAAGUCCAGCCACAUGCUUCACCAUCACUCAUUUCUGAAAUUUUCCUUUGAGAAGCAUAGUAGACAUGUCUGGUGGUCUUCUCAUGGAGAAAACUCUAACAAAUGGCGCCAUAUAAACAAGCUAAGAAGAGGGAAUAGUCAUUUGGUUAAAAUUAUUUUUUAUGCAUGGAAGCAAUCAAAUGAAACUCUUAUAUUGGUAUUUAAGGUGACACACAAACUGCUAACUUUUUUUUUUUUUCCUAGAUGGAUUCUCACUCUGUCGCCAGGCUGGAAUGCAGUGGUGCGAUCUUGGCUCACUGCAACCUCUGACUCCCUGGUUCACGUGAUUCUCCUCCCUCCACCUCCUGAGUAGCUGGGAUUACAGGCAUGCACCACCACACCCAGCUAAUUUUUGUAUUUUUAGUAGAGACGGGGUUUCACCAUGUUGGGCAGGAUGGUCUUGAUCUCCUGACCUCAUGAUCUACCCUCCUAAGCCUCUCAACAUGCUGGGAUUACAGGUGUGAGCCACUGCACCCAGCCCAUAAGUAGUCAUGUGCAUAGAGAGACGCCAUCAUCUUCAUCAUCUUAUGCAGUGAGAGUCAACAGGAAAAAAUUUGUACAGCAAAGCAUUAUUUAAUCCUCAGCAUACAGUUAAGCAAUCUGCAGACCCCAGGAGAUUGGGGUAACUUCAUUAAAACUACAGUCCUUCAUUUGGCCCCAAAUGUUUCCUAAUAGCCUGUCAUGAGCCAGGGGUUGGUCAUAAAGCUAAAAUAAAAUAAUCAUCCCAUCCUGAUGGAGGGUAUAUGCAAAAGGAAUGUAGACAGUGCAGAAAGUUACCAGCACAGUGAGUGUGGCCAAGGCCAUGUCCAGAAAGAGCUAUGGGAGGAACCAGUAGGGAUAUCACCCUUGUAGUACAUGAAUGGCAAAGAAUAUAACAGCACAUAACCCAGGCAUUUCUGUAAAGAAGAAAAAAAGUCUUUAAAAGUGUCACAAGGUGAUGAGUGUUUAGUUGGCUCUCACUGUGUAAGAUGAUGAAGAUGAUGGCGUCUCUCUACGCACAUGACUACUGAAUUGAAAGCUUACAUUCAAAUAUCUGCAAGCCCCUGAAUGUAACUGCCACUUUUUUUUUUUUUUUUUUUUUUUUUUGAGACGGAGUUUCACUCUUGUUACCCAGGCUGGAGUGCAAUGGUGCCAUCUCAGCUCACCGCAACCUCCGCCUCCUGGGUUCAGGCAAUUCUCCUGCCUCAGCCUCCUGAGUAGCUGGGAUUACAAGCACGUGCCACCGUGCCCAGCUAAUUUUUUUGUAUUUUUAGUAGAGACAGGGUUUCACCAUGUUGACCAGGAUGGUCUCGAUCUCUUGACCUCAUGAUCCACCCGCCUCGGCCUCCCAAAGUGCUGGGAUUACAGGCGUGAGCCACUGUGCCUGGCCUUUUUUUUUUUUUUUUUCCAUGCCAUUAGCUUUGGUUUCACAGCAUAUAUUGCUGAGCAUUAGAAAUAACGAGGGCUAUGAGGGACAGUUGUGGGAGUGCUGAAAGAAGAAGUGUGGCCAUGAUACAAAACCAUGGUUAUGCUUUCUGUUAGUUUUCUUGCCAGGCACCAUCUCAGUAUAGCAUUACAUGUUAGCAUCUGGAUCUUUUUUCUUUUCUUCAGUUUUUCACUUACUUAUUCUUUACGUGUUUUAUUGAACAUCUGUUUUGUGUUAGGUACUGUUCUAGGCCAUGUAGAUGAACAUAAAGCAUAUAAUCCCAAACACUAAAAGGAUCUGGGAUAAUGAUAAAACUUAGUUUUUACUUUUAACUGUUAGCAUCUAAAAUAAUGAAUAUCAGACUUGGAAGAGGAAAAAUGGGCUGCUUAAUAUAGACUCCAUCUGCUGUCUAGCAUCCUCAACUGUGCUCUCCCAGCUCCACUUGACCAGACAGGUCUUGAUCUACGUAUGGCAAAGCACAGUCAUUGUGGUGACAUACACACACACACACACACACACACACACACACACUUUCUAAAUGCAGAUAAACCACCAAGGAGAUUUUUCAAAAUCUUUAAGAUACCAUUCUCAGGAUUUUUGUACUUCUUUCUCCCUUUCCUCCUUCAUUUAUCAAUUUUACUUUUUUCUUUACUUGUUUCUAGCUUUAUUUUCCAUGGCACCUGUGCAAUUGUGCAUGAUGCUAGUUAAGUCUCAAUAGAAAACACUAUGGAAAAUUUGGAAAAGAGGAACUCUCCCCAGUGCUUUUUAUGUUGAAUGGCAAUAAUGCAGUAUGCAAGAAUACAGAGUUCUCAGUGCACAAAGUCUCUAAGCCAAUUUUAAUUUUUGGGAAAAGGAUCCCGGUGACUUCUGUUACACAAGAGAAAACCAGAAUCUACAGAACUGAGCUUUUAGGUCAAAUGUAAAUGUAUGGAUGUUGCUGAAUAGUGUCUUGUGAACCAUUAAACCUGGUUAUUUCUCUAUAUUUGAUCUCUGUAUGAGUAAAUUAUAAAGUCUGUGCGUAUCUGUUUCACAGAUGUGGUUGUGAUUAGAGGACUUUCAGAAAACAGUCCUCAAACCCCAAACUUUGUGUCAUCACAAAAUCAGAAACUCUUACAAGUAAAACAAACCUGGACUCUCAUCUAUCUAAUUUUUAACAAAUGAAGAAGAAAAGAAAUGGAAAUAACCUACAGUAUUUGAAUAUGUUGGCUAGAUUUUUCCAUAUAUGGUUUCAUUUAAUCCCACACAACAUGUAAAUGAUGCUGGCAGAGGUCAGGUAACUUGCCUACAGUUACGCAGCUUAGCAGUGGUAGAGUCAAGAUUUGAACUUCUAGCCUUCAUUUUAUCUUUUAUUCUAUGAUUCUUCCAACCCAGAGUUACUUAGUUGUAAAGGUCACAUGUUGUGUUAAAAUCAAAGCCGAUGUUCAAGCCCAUGUUUCUAAACCAUAACCUUCUGAGCUUUCUAUUGUAAUAUAGUCUCAUAUAAGACAUCUAUAUAACCAAUACAUUAAACAGCAAGAAAAACUUAUUCAGUGACAAAGCUGGUUUUACAAAACAUUGUCAACAGUGUAAUUGGUUGAACUGUUCUGUUCUUUGCUAAUCUUCUGUGUUUCUCAGAUCCUCUUUCCUCCUAGUAACCCAGAGUUCCUUUUCCAAAACCACACACCUUUCUUUCCACAGCUGUCCCAGGCCAUGCUCUUCCUUCCAUAUUUUAUCAAAUUCUACAAUUCUCACAAUGCAAUGGCUGAUCAUAUUCAUCCAGAUUCAUUCCCUUUACUAUAAGGUUUGAAUCUGCAAUAAAUGGUUCCUAGAUUGUAGACUCUUGCUUCUGGAUGAAUCUGAGCUCCGUGCUUCUCCAUCAGAGCUAGGUUUUCUCACGUUCCCAUUAACCCACUCUUUUCUCAUUUCUCAUCACAUAUUUAUCUGUGACCCUAUAGAUCUCUCGCCUAUGAGUAUAUUUUCCUCGAGAGCAGAAACCAUGUCUAAGUUGUCCAGUACACCUGGUCCUGCACACACUGCCUGGCACAGAGUGGGUGUUCAAUAUUUCUUUGCUGAGAGCGUCAAUCCUCUGAAAGCUCGUGUUUUCUCCCCAGCCCCUCAUGUCAUCCACAGCACGUGACCAUAAUGCAGAAAGAGUUUGGCAUUGGCUCGUGUUCACUCUCUAAGCUUCUGAGUUUGCAAGAGGAGUUUCUUAAGCUAUCACAGUGGAAUUGAGUGUAAUGGGAAGCAUCAUUAUAUCUUUAGGCAUCAGUUUCCUUGGAAAGGCUUGGAAAUAGCUAAUUGAAAUGUAGUUCAGGGGUAUGAACAAGAUAGGAAAAGCAGAGAUCUGGAACAGUGCCUGUUAUAGAGUGAGCAUUGAAAAGUUUGGGGAGUGGCUUGGGAAUGUAGCAAAAGGUUGCUUAUAGGGAAGUAUCUUUGAAAUCAACAAAUUAAGAGAUUUCUUACAUGGCUUUAAAGUGAUUCAUACAUGACGGCUUCUGGGAGAUUACUUGGUUUGAAUCUUUGGGCUUAAACUUCCAUCAGAACAUUCCACUGUAACUCCACAAGCUUCCAGACUGGAUAUUUUUAUGUUAAAUCAGUGCAUGAUUGAGUGAUUCAUGUCACACAACUAUUUUUCUGUUUAGGGUACAUUGUAUGCCAUUGUUAAGUUGAGAGUUGAGAAAAGGCUACAUCUUGACACAUAGCUGGGAACAGUGUUACAUCUAAUCUAAGGUCUUUGAAAGAUUUGCUUCUGUAAAUGUCACUCAGAAUCCUUUGUAUUGUAUCAAACUGUAAAGAUAUAUUGAGAUGUCCUUUAGCUCUUGGGACAUUUCCAUAAGCAAUAAGUUUCACAAUAAGUUAAAUACCCUGCUUAUUAUUCUUGCCCUGAGAAAGAAAGCUGAAUAAUAAUCAAGGUGCAUCUGAUAUCCUAUUCCUCUAUCUCUGCAUAUAUGCAGAGAUAUCUAUCUAGGAUAUCUAUCUAUAUCUAUCUAUAUAUGCACAUACAUACACACACACAUACAUUUCCUUUUAAAUAGUGCACUUGAUCCAAAAAUACUUUCUUCUCUGUAUACAAUGUAACAUUAGAGUCUAUGAUUUUAUUUUCAUUUGCAAUUUUCUUAUAAUUCAUAUUAAGUACAUUUAUUUUUUAAAAUGUUUAGCAUCUGCUUCACUCUGUGCUAAGCACUGGUUGUUACAGAAAUUAAUUAGAUGUGACUUUGCUAUUCAAGAAUUUGUAAUCUAGUUUGGGGAGAGGAUGGCCGCAUUCAUAGUGCAGGACAGAUUAAUGAGGCAAGAGAGCAAGUGAAAACGUUGAGACAGAUAUCAUCCUGGUAUCUCCAAAAGGAAAUCACAUCCCUGGUAUAGGGGUUUUGGCUUCUCAUCUGGGUCUAGAAGUGGAAAUCUAGUCCAGAUGUGAUGCUACCGUGACACCAGCCACACCAUUUGGGUAGGAUUUCAAUGCUCCAUUGGGCCACCAUCCCCAGAUCAGUGCCAAGAUAGGGAAUGUACAAAAAGAGAGAGUAAAAGGGGCAGAUUACAAACCAGUUCAUCAAGAAGCACCUCCCCCAUCUGUAAUACAAAGUCUGGAUCCUCAGUAACUAAUCAUAACAUUUUUCCAAAUUAAUAGACAGAACCAGAUCACUGAAUAAAUAAAAGACACCAAUAGUGUCCAUAGGCAUGCUCACGCUUUGACUUGGCCAAGGGAACCAGCCUGGGGCUUAUGUCUAUUGAUCACACAGGGCAGGGCUCUGUAAUUUCUUUUCUUCUAUUAUUUUAUUUUCAGAUGUGACCUCCUACAUUGUAGAAGGCAAAGAGAGGCAGGAUCUUUUGUCAUGGUCUCUUUCUCUGAAAAAGAAACUGAAUGUAUAGCUUGAUGCCACUGUGAAUCCUAAUGCAUAUUUAUUCUGUGACAGUAUUUGUAUACAAUAAUUACGAUCUCCUGCACUCUUGCAAAUUGUCUGUGAAACAGCCAUCGUAGUAAUUAAAAAGUCAUUAGUGCCAAUACAAUUCUACUAUUUUUCUACAUCUGUUUUUUGGUUGGCAUUUUGUGUAACUUGUGAUGUGUAUUAAUGACGAACAACAAUAAUAAAAGAAAAUCCUUUGA